AUCACGGACCAAAAACACACACACGGACCCAGCGCCGGGUACAGACAGAGAUCGAGUCAUCAUGCCUGUGGCCGCCGCUCGCACAGACCCUGCUCUCUCGCAGGUGGAUGCUCUGAGUGACAGCACCAGCUCUGCCACUGCCAAUGACCUCGACCUCAUCUUCCUCAAAGGCAUCAUGGAAAGUCCGGUGAACGCCGAGAGUCCGGAGGAACCUCGUCUCGAGGCGGUGGGGGACAAAAACAUGGAGCUGCUGCAGGACAUCCUGAAGGACCUGAGUCCAAUCACACAUCGCAGUAACACAGCCGCCGAGCUCUCGAACAUCCUCAACCAACCACAUUUCCAGUCUCUCCUCGAGACCCACGACUCGGUGGCCUCUAAGACAUGUGAAACUCCUCCGCCGAGCCCACAGGCCUCUGUAGAACCGAACCUGCCGCCGGUCCCUGCUGACGCCGUUCGCAUGGUGGGCAUCCGCAAAGUGGCUGGGGAACACCUGGGCAUGACAUUUCGAAUUGAGAACGGAGAGCUGGUGAUCGCGCGGAUCCUGCACGGCGGGAUGAUCGAUCAGCAGGGUCUCCUCCACGUAAGGGACAUAAUAAAGGAAGUGAACGGUAAGGACGUCGGGGACGACCCACGUGUUCUCCAGGAGAUGCUGCAGGAGGCCAGUGGCAGCAUCGUGCUCAAAGUUCUCCCCAGCUACCAGGAGCCGCAGCCCCCCAGACAGGUCUUUGUGAAGUGCCAUUUUGAUUACGACCCGGCCAGUGACAACCUGAUUCCCUGUAAGGAAGUCGGACUGCAGUUCAGCAGCGGAGACGUUCUGCAGAUCGUCAACCAGGAGGAUGUCAACUGGUGGCAGGCUCGACGGGUUCAGGGAGGAAGCACCGGACUCAUCCCCAGUCAGCUGUUGGAGGAGAAGAGGAAAGCUUUCGUAAAGAGAGAUGUGGAGCUCCCACCAGCAGGCACUCUGUGUAGUGGGAUUGGAGGCAAGAAGAAGAAGAAAAUGAUGUACCUGACCACCAAAAAUGCAGAUUUCGACAUGCAUGAGCUGAUGAUCUAUGAGGAGGUGGCCCGGGUUCCUCCAUUCAAGAGGAAAACACUGGUUCUGAUCGGAGCUCAGGGAGUCGGCCGGCGCAGUCUGAAGAACAAGCUUCUGGUUUCUGAUCCUCAUCUGUUUGGAACGACAAUUCCCUACACUUCCAGGAAGCCGAAAGCAGGCGAGAGGGAGAACAGGAUGUACGCUUUCACGACCAGAAGCAAAAUGGAGGCUGACAUCAAAGCAGGUCGUUACCUGGAGCACGGUGAAUACGACGGAAAUCUGUACGGCACCAAGAUCGACUCCAUCCACGAGGUAGCCGAGGCAGGACGUCUCUGCAUCCUGGACGUCCACCCGCAGGCGCUGAAGAUCUUGAGGACGUCAGAGUUCCUGCCUUAUGUGGUUUUCAUCGAUGCUCCAGAGUUUGAGGUGCUCAGAUCCAUGAACAGAGCAGGCAUUGAAGCUGGAGUGGUCAGCAAAGAGCUAACGGAUGCCGAGCUGAACAGGAUACUGGAUGAGAGCUGGAGGAUUAAGAGGGCAUACGGACACUACUUUGACCUAACCAUCGUGAACGACGGCCUGGACGGGACGUACAGCAGCCUGAAGGCUGCCUUAAAGAAGCUGAGUGGAGUUCAUCAGUGGGUUCCAGUGAGCUGGGUGUUUUAGAAAACGGUCCUCGUUCAUGAA